GCUCGCCGCUGAUUGGGGCGGCGCGAACCCCGGAAGCGCAGAUCAGCUGAGCGCGCGUGACCCUCGGACUCUCCCCACAGCUCCCAGCCCCGGGAGACCGCCGUGACGGCACCCCGCCGUCGGCUGACGGCGCCCCGCCGCGCCCCCCUCCUCCUCGACCGUCCCGCCGCACCGGCGGGAUGGCGGCUCGCGGGGACGACCAGAGGGCCGCGUUGCUCGGCGCGGGCGGACGGGCGGAAUGCUCCCCGGGCCUCCCGGCGCCCGGCGCGGGAUCCGUGAACGCGCCGGCGCUGGGCGGCGACGGAGGAGGAGGAGGAGGAGGAGCCGAGGGAGGGACGGCAGCAGCUGGAGCGGUGUUCAUCGUGGUGAACGCGGCGCUCGGCGCGGGGCUCCUCAACUUCCCGGCGGCAUUCGGGGACGCCGGCGGCGUCGUGGCCGGAUUCUCCCUGCAGAUGGUGCUGCUGGUGUUCAUCGUGAGCGGCCUGCUGGUGCUGGCGCUGUGUGCCGGCCGCUCGGGCGCCCGCACCUACCAGGAGGUGGUCCGGGCGCAGUGCGGAGCGCACGCCGGCGCCGUCUGCGAGGGCUGCAUCGCGCUCUACACGUUCGGCACCUGCGUGACCUUCCUCGUCAUCGUGGGCGACCAGCUCGACAUGCUGGUACAGGCCGUGUCUCACCGGACUCACGUUGCGCCCGUGCCCUGGUUCUGUGAUCGCCGCUUCACGAUCUCUGUGGUCUCCGUGGUUCUCAUCCUCCCGCUCUGCUUCCCCCGCGAGAUUGGAUUCCAGAAAUACGCCAGCUUGUUCGGGGUGCUGGGCACGUGGUACGUCACGGGAGUCAUCAUCGUCAAGUUCUUCCUGGGCGGGUACAAGCACGGGGAGAUCAUAACGAGGCCUUCCUCGCUGGCUGCUGUGUUCAACGCCAUUCCGACCAUCUGCUUCGGGUUCCAGUGUCACGUGAGCAGCGUGCCCAUCUAUCACAGCAUGCGGCGCCCGACCCUGGCUCGCUGGGGUGGCGUCGUCACGGCCGCCACCCUCAUCUGCCUCCUCGUCUACACGGGCACGGGGGUGUGUGGGUAUCUGACAUUUGGGGCGAGCGUCAGCCCCGACGUGCUGCUCUCCUACCCCUCGGGUGACGUCGCCAUCGCCAUCGCGCGUCUCUUCCUCAUCGUCACCGUGCUCACCUCGUACCCCAUCCUGCACUUCUGUGGCCGGGCGGUGUUGGAGGGGCUGUGGCUGCGCUGGACGGGCGUCUGCACGGAGGCGGAGCCGCCGGGCCGCGAGAGGCGGCGGCGGGCCGCUCAGACGCUGGGCUGGUUCCUCCUGUCGCUGCUGCUCGCCAUCUUCACGCCGGACAUCGGCCGCGUCAUCGCCCUCAUCGGGGGCCUCGCCGCGGCCUUCAUCCUCAUCUUCCCUGGCCUCUGCCUGCUGUGCUUCGUGCUCAACACGGAACGUGAAAGCAUCUUGGCCAGGCUGCUGCUGGGCUGGAGCUGCGUGAUGGUGACGCUGGGAACUUUCCUGCUGGUGCAGAGCACCGCGGCCGCCAUCGAACGAGACGUUCGCCACCACUAGCAGCACCACCACCACAACAACAACUAGCACAACCACCACUAGCACAACCACUACCACUAGCACAACCACCACCACAACUAGCACCACUGCCACUAGCACAACCACCACCAGCACC